GGAUGUGAGCGGGGCGGCCGCUUCCUGUUUCCUGAGCAGCUUCCUUUCGCGCUUUGGGUGGUGGCUGUUACCUCAGCGCUCUUUCCCAGCGAGGGCUCCCCCUCAAAGGCCCGAAGCGGAGGCGGCUGGGACGCCUUUCUCCCCUUCUUGCCGCCUCUUCCUCUUCCCCAGAAGAAUAGAGAGCCUCCGCUGCCGCCGAGGAAGCCGCCCCGAUGCAGGCCAUCAAGUGUGUGGUGGUGGGAGACGGUGCUGUAGGUAAAACAUGCCUACUCAUCAGUUAUACAACCAAUGCAUUUCCUGGAGAAUAUAUACCCACUGUCUUUGACAACUAUUCCGCAAAUGUGAUGGUUGAUGGCAAGCCAGUCAAUCUGGGCUUGUGGGAUACAGCUGGGCAAGAAGACUAUGACAGACUACGCCCGUUAUCUUAUCCACAAACAGAUGUGUUCUUAAUUUGCUUUUCCCUCGUGAGCCCUGCAUCCUUUGAAAAUGUCCGUGCAAAGUGGUAUCCGGAAGUGCGACACCAUUGCCCUAACACCCCCAUUAUUCUAGUGGGAACCAAACUGGAUCUCAGAGACGACAAAGACACUAUUGAAAAGCUCAAGGAGAAGAAGCUGACUCCCAUCACUUACCCACAGGGCCUUGCGAUGGCAAAAGAGAUCGGUGCUGUAAAAUACCUCGAAUGCUCAGCACUUACACAGCGAGGCCUCAAGACAGUCUUUGACGAAGCUAUUCGGGCAGUUCUCUGCCCUCCUCCUGUAAAGAAGAGGAAGAGAAAAUGCCUGCUGCUGUAAUGAUGCCCCUCUCCCUCUCCCAGAACCUUCUGUGCUUUGCUUGGAACAAUGGAGCAUUCACAUCAAUGCCAAGUUCUUCUGUUUAAACAAAAAGUUCUCUUCCUUCAAAUUUUUUUUGAACCAAUCAUCAAUUUCAUGUGCCCCUUAAAAAGGUUAGAUUCUUUUUUUCUUCUACUAAAGAGAUUCAAACGUAUAUAAAAGCCUUAUUAUUAUUUUUUUCCAUGUCCUUUUUGCUCAGAUUAAUCAAGCGUUGCCAAAUUCUCUGCUCAUUUCUAUGUUGCGUUGUUGUGCUUUGUUGUAUGGAGCACAAAACCUGUUUUUUUGAAGUCAAACAGGUGUCUUUAAAGAUACUAAUGUUUUACUAGGAAUUGCAGAACUCUGUAGGGUUUUUCCCCCCAGCUAUCGUAUCAGUAGGAAUAAACACUGCUGUUUUAAUGCAUUCAUCCAUCUGAUGGUCACACUAUCCUUUCUCAUGCCUGAACAAAUGCAAUAAUUGACAACAUCCAGAUUCCACUUUUUUGAGGAAAAUAACACUUUCCUGCUUGCUAAGGACUGUAACUAAACUGUUUUUCUUGAAGUGUAUUGUCUUCCUGGACAGCGGCAUAUUGUUUUGAUCGGUGAAAUUUACCCAGGUUGUUCAAGGGAGACUCUCUGCCCAAUAGUAUUUUGACACUGUAAAGAUCAAUUUACACUACAUUGUCAACAAGCUAGGUAAACUGAAUGCAUUUCUUCUCUUUGUGUGUAUUAAAACCAAUAAAACGAAACCUUCUAUUGCAACAAAACAAUAGAUGAAGACAUGGUGUUUUUAUAGCUCACUUGUUUGCAGUUUCCAAUAGGGCAUUCGUUUACUACGAUUUUGAACUGGUCAUUCCUUUCACAUGUUCUUGCUAGAUGCUUUUCUUCUGGAAUCUCUUCCUUCUGAGCAAUAUAACUUGUAUUUUGAAACCUUUCUAAGUAUAUUUGCAUUUUUGUAGACUAGAGUAUUCAAGCAUAGCCUUGCUUCUGUCAUGUUUUUCCCCCCUUCUACUUUUAACACCCCCGGCUUCUGAGACGCUUUUCUUUAAGUCUUCUGGUGACUUGGUGUAAAAAUCAUGUGCAGCAGAUAUACCAGUUGUAGUAUUUUUUUAUAUUUCAUACCACCUUAAUGAACUUUCUCUAACGUCACCAUUUGCCAGGUAUUUUGAUGCAGUAACUUGACUAAUACUGACAAUGCCCUUUUAACCUCACCACGAACAUGUCCCUCCUGUUGGUUGAUCUAGUAAUGGUAAUUGGGUCUGUAACGUAGUGCUAACCAUGUUCCAUACAUCCCAGAUGCUGGCAAGAACACACUGAACACAACCUUUCAACUACUAGAACAAACAAAAAUAAAAAAGGGGGGGGGGAGUUUGCAAGAUUGUGAAGUUUUUACAUUGAUCUUUUUGGUAAUGCGAUUUAGCAGUAUGUUUUGCAUGUAUGACUUAAUAAAUUCUUGAAUCACA